CCCCGACCCUCCCUGUCGCUGCACCCCAGCCAGGGGUUGUCCCUGGGGGACACUGUCACCCUGCGCUGCCACCUGCCCCAGCCGGCUGCCUGGGUUGAGCUCUGUCAGGAUGGACUUUUGAGAUCCUACAAGGACAUGGACAAGCAUCAGGUCAUGGCUGAGUUCUCCUUGGUUUGUGUAAAGCUGGAAGAUGCAAUGAAGUAUUGGUGCCAGUAUUGGGUUUUGGAGCCACCGGGGGUAUCAGAGAAGAGCGUCCCCAUUGAAUUGGUGGUGACAGAUCAUCGAUAUUCCCCACCUAACAUUUCCAUGAACCAGGAAAAAAUUGUGGAAGUGGGGACCAAUGUCACCAUCCAGUGCUGCAAUCAGGGCUAUGGGGGCAUCAUCUUCUUGCACAAGGACGGGCACUCAGCCCCUGUCCAGCACCAGGACCCCCGUGGUGGGGGCACAGCCACCUUCAUCCUUGUUGCGGUGACCCCAGCUGACAGUGGCACCUACAGAUGCUCCUAUCGCCCCAAGGCCUCCCUCUUUGUGUCCUCACCCCUUGGGGACAGCGUAACGCUGGAGGUGACAUCCACACCUGCACGCCCAGGUGCUGAGUUGGUGUCCCGUGGGAACCUGGUGGUGGCAGUGGUGAGGGGCUGCGCUGCUGUCCUCAUCUUUGGCCUCGGCGUCUUCUUUGUCAUCGAUGCCCGCAGCCUCUGGAUACGGAGAGAUGAGAGUCUGGGUGGGGAAGGGAUUUAAUGGCUUUGAUCUCCUGUACAUCUCCUACACAUCUCCCCCGUCUUUCUCUUCCUCUCCUUCCAUUCUUCUCUAGAAUCCACCAGGUGGGUCCACAAUACAUUGCCUAUCGAUUCCCUCAGAUGUUCCCUGUCCCCAUCCCAUCUCCUAUAAAUCCCCCCAUGUAUCCCCUGCCUCCCCUUCCAGACCCUAUAAAUUAUCUAGUCCCAGUC